UAAAAAAAAUAUUUGCUUAGAGUUUGUUUAAUAAGAUUAUUAUUGUCAUUACAGCCACUUAAACCCAAACGGAGCCUUACCUUACCCAGCAAGUCAGGUUUGCUUGGUUGUGAGCCCAACAUCUUCUCCAAUCCAAGGAUAACAGGCCAUGGAAGAGUGGAAUAUUGGAGAAACUCAGCGUCUUCGCCAAAUACGUAUGACUAAUCCCUUACCAAAUAAAACGUACUGCCUUUUCCCACAAUACCCUGUAUAAAGCUUCUAAUCAGAUUCCAGUCCACCCCAAAAUAUCUAUCUAUUUUCUUCCCAUUAAAGAAACUCUCUCAAAACUCCCGAGUCCUUGCAGCAGCUUUUCAAUAGCUACAAUUGAUUACUAUUAUUGUUAUCAUUAUUACCAUUAGCUCUAUCAAUUCUCUUUACAAAUGGCUAGGCCUAAUCAAGAAGCAAUUGACACAUUUAUGAGCAUCACAGGCGCCACAGAAGCUGUCGCCGCUCAAAAGCUUGAGGAGUAUAAUGGUGAUCUCAAUGCAGCUGUCAAUGCACAUUUCAGUGAAGGAGAUAGAAGCACUGCGCAUGAAACCCCUGUUGUUGCUCCUCAAGAUGAUCUCAUGGAUAUUGAUGAUCCAGUUGAAGUUCCACCUGGGAGAAAUCCUGUGUCACUUAUAUCUGAGGCUAGUACAAUGAACCCAUUUUCACUUCUUGAUCCAAACUUUAAUACAAGUCUAUUUGAUGGUGGUUCUGACUUUAUGAACCGUGCACCAUUUGUUUCACACCUAAGAGAGAGGAGAGAGAUACCUAUAGAGGUCAAGGACGUUAGUGAUGCAUCUAGCCAUUCUGGUCAUGCCCCUAUCAUUGAGGAUUUAACUGGAACUGGACAUGCACCAGGCCCAGAUAUUCGUGGGACUGUCAUAGUUGAUGAUGAAGAUGAUAAUAAUAUUCCAGCUGAUCAAACCGGAAGGGCUGCACAACUUACAGAGCGAAGACGUGAUAUUUCUAGUGGUAGUAGUCUUGAGAAUCAUAGUCGACCGAGUGCCCCUGAACUCAAUAAGUUGCCUGACUACAACAAUGACAUUGAAGAAGAAAUGAUUCAGGCUGCUAUAGAGGCUUCAAAACAGGAGGCUAAGGCUGCCGAGCAAGAGAAAGCAUUGCGAGAGCAGAGGGGAAAAAUUGGAGCAUCCGAAAUGGGAGCUUCAAAGCCAGAUGAGGUAGAGUUGGGGACAGUAGUGACCUCAAAUGGAAGGUCGAGGACAGGAAGGUUAUCUAUUCGUGAGGAAUCUGAAGAUGUGGAUGAGCAGCCUCUUGUUACGCAUAGAUCAAGACGUACAUCUUCUGGCUCUAUUGAAUCUGCAAGAGAAGUUGGAGUUAUUGAGGCUAGUCCACCAUCUAGUCCUGGACAGAAUAAUAUAAGCAAUCAUUCCCAGCACAAUGGAAAUGCCUUCCAUUCUGAUGAGUGGGGAGGCAUCUCUUCUGAGGAGCAUGAUGAAGCCGUAAUGCUUGAGGCUGCAAUGUUUGGUGGAAUUCCUGAAGGGACUGGAUAUCGCUAUGGAUAUGAACCUCAUCAGUUCAUGCAGAGUGAAGGCCCUUAUUCACGGCCAAUGCCUCGUCCUCCAUCACCAUCCUUGCAAGCUCAGCGGUUGAUCCGUGAACAGCAGGAUGAUGAGUAUCUUGCAUCACUGGCGGCUGACAGAGAAAAGGAGAUGAAGGCCAUGGAGGAAGCUGAAGCUCGUCGUUUGCAAGAAGACGCUGCUAGAAAAGCUGCUCUUGAAGAAGAAAAGCAAAAAGAGGAAGAAUCUCGCAGGAAAUUGGAGGAAGAGCAGGAAUUUGAAAGACAGUUGGCAGCAAAAGAAGCUUCUCUGCCUCAGGAACCAGCAUCCAAUGAUGAGAAUGCUGUGACACUUUUGGUGCGGAUGCCUGAUGGUAUGCGGCGUGGUCGCCGAUUUCUCAAAUCUGAUAACUUACGGUCUCUUUUUGACUUCAUAGAUAUUGGCAGAGUGGUCAAGCCUGGCACUUACAGACUGGUAAGACCAUACCCAAGGCGUGCUUUCAGUGAUGGAGAAAGUGCACUGACACUGAAUGAACUUGGCCUGACCAGCAAACAAGAGGCCUUGUUUCUGGAGUUGAUCUAGAAAUGACAAACAUUUUAUAAAUUGUAGAAAAUUACGCAUUUGCAGAUUUAAUUUACUAAAAUAUGAAGUGAUACGUCAAAUUGAGGGGAGGGGGUUAUUUGGGUUGGUACUGUUUGGACAAAUUGCAUGAAAUUGGGGUAGAUGAAAAACAUCCAGUCCUACUGAAAGGGCAUUACAAUUAUGGUUGGAAUUUGUUUCAUCAGGUGUUUAAUCGUUCAUGAGUAAUGCAGUUGUACAUAUUUAGUAAUUUAUGAUAUUAAGGUAUUGGAUAAA